AUAACUUCAGAUAUUGGGUGGUAUGAAUAAAAAUGAAGUACCUUCUAACACUACAAGUAUUAGCAUUUUCUACAAAGUAUGUACUUCAAAUCUGAGAAGAAGCUACAUUUUCAAGUAGAUACUUUUUGUUUUACCGGAACUUACUAUAUCAAGUAGUAUUUACUGAAAGUACCUACUUCUUGUAGUAGAUGCUACUAAUUUGAAGAGGAACUUAGUAUAUGCUUGACUUUUGCGAAGUUGGUAUAAGUGCAACUUCAGAGAGAAUACUACGGUUAGUUUUGUUUAGUUUUCUCUGAAAAUGGAAGGAAUACGCAGCAGAAAAAUAUAUAAUGCAAGACGCCGCUAUCAUAAUGAUAUUUUAUAUCAUAAAAUAUUUCGGUUUAGUAGAGAAAACGUAUCUUACCUAGCGAAUAUAUUUCUCCCAGAAGUAAAUGAAACUCGAGGCGGUGCUCUUACACACAUCCAACAAAUGGAAGUAUUUUUAAGAAGCUUAGGAGACCCUGGAUUUCAGUUAGGCGUUGGACUUGAUGUUGGGAUUCAUCAAACAACCGUUUCAAAAAUUAUUGAUAAGGUAUCACGUGAAAUCUGUAGCAAGAAAAAUCAGUGGGUUAAAUUCCCUGCUACGGGAGCUAUGUUCAACAGAGCUAAAGAUGAAUGGGCAGCACAUAAUACAAUACCUCAUGUCAUUGGCGCCAUUGACCGCACUCACGUGAAAAUUAUAAAACCAUAUGUACAUGGCGAUGAAUAUACGUAUAUUAACAGAAAAGGAGUUUCUACAAUAAAUGUACAAGCAACAUGUAAUAGCAGAGAAAUGUUUACCAGUGUUGAUGCUUCCUGGCCUGAGUCUGUUCAUGAUUCUAGAAUAUGGUACAAUAGUCCUAUUUACCCUAUUAUGUAUAAUAAUCAAAAAAGAGUUUGUCUUUUGGGUGAUUCUGGAUAUGGUGUAACUCCUUGGAACAGAUAG